CUAAUCUCUAAAAUCAAUAAACUAUCGCUAGAGUUCAGCCCAAGGGCUAGGUAGAAUCUUCACAGAAAAUAAAAUGAUGUGAGUAAAAUAUGACUCAUACAAUAUGCUUUCAGGGAGAAUUAUCUAAUGGGCAGGAAAUAGCAAUAAAGAGACUCUCAAGAAGUUCUGAACAAGGAUUGGAAGAGUUCAAGAAUGAAGCUAUUCUCAUUGCCAAACUCCAGCAUACCAAUCUCGUUAGACUUUUAGGGUUCUGCAUUCAACAAGAAGAAAAAAUACUAAUCUAUGAGUACAUGCCAAACAAAAGCUUACACUUCUUGCUCUUCGAUUCUAGUAAAAGGCCACUAUUAAAUUGGGCAAAGCGCUUCAACAUCAUUGAAGGCAUUGCUCAAGGACUUGUUUAUCUUCACAAAUAUUCAAGACUAAGAGUAAUUCAUCGAGACUUAAAAGCAAGCAACAUUUUGCUUGAUGAGGAGAUGAAUCCAAAAAUUUCAGACUUUGGCAUGGCUAGAAUAUUUGGGCAGAAAGCAUUAGAAGAAAACACAAAGAGAAUUGUUGGAACAUAUGGUUAUAUGUCUCCAGAAUAUGCCAUGAAUGGUGUUGUUUCAACAAAAACUGACGUAUUUAGCUAUGGAGUCCUACUAUUAGAAAUCGUGAGCGGCAAGAAAAAUAACAGUCGAUGUUACUCUAAUUAUCCACUCAACCUUAUAGGACAUGCAUGGCAAAUAUGGAAUGAAGGUAAGGGUUUAGAGCUUGUAGACUCAACCAUACUAAAUGAGUCAUGCCCACCAUUUGAAGUAUUGAGAUGCAUUCAUGUUGGUCUAUUAUGUGUACAAGACCAAGCAAUAGAUAGACCUACCAUGCUAGAUGUUGUUUCUAUGCUUUCAAAGGAAACACUUCAACUCGUACCUCCAAAACAUCCUGCAUUUUUUAUCAACUCCGUUCAAGAAGAAUUGUUAGAGGAUUGCAAAAUUAAGCCAGAAAAUGUUUCCAUAAAUUAUGUCACGCAUUCAGUUAUGGAAGUUAGAUAAAUAGUAAAAUAUGUAUGAAUGUAGUAUAAGGCUAUUUCCUUUUGGGACAAUAAACAAGUCUUUACUCUUUAGUCGUAUGUUUCAUGAUUUAUUAGGACUUUCAAUAAUAAGAGGUAUACACGAUAAACCUCUACAUAAUUACGUUUAUCUUUCUUCUUAUUGUAAGCAAUUAGAAGAACUAGCU